AUGUCCGGUUCUGGCGCGGCCGGUGCGGCUGGCAACGAAGGAGCAGCUGGUGCAGCUGCAGCUGUAGGCAAUGCUGCGCUUACCGGCGCCAGAAUGGGUGCCGCCGCAGCACAGCGUGGUGUCGUAAGCCUCUCUAUAUACGUUCAGCACAAUCCCGCUGGGGUGAAGGUUUUCUGCUGCUUGGCCGGCCUUGCCCUCUCGGUGAUCAGCAUCCUAAGCAUCGUGGGAGUUGUGCAGAUAAGCAACGAGGACCACUGGACAGCAAGGGACUCCCUGCAGAAUGUUUACACAUUCUUCUUUGGCCUAGUCAUCUGUAUCAUCGACAUGAAGGAGGACUGGGCAAACAAAGUCUUUGGAUUGCAAUCGAAGAUAUUUCUGUACUGCCAGUUCCUUGCCAGCCAAACUGGUCGAGCUUUGUUUUAUUUCUAUGUUGGUUCCAUUUCCAUAUUUCUGCUGCAAUCUUGGGGCUUCUGGAUGAUGGUCUACAUAGUUCUAGGAGGCGGUCUAUGCUUGCUCGGAGCGGUAAUGCUCGUCAUUCGAUGGUGUCCGUGCUGCAAGGAACAGCCGGCAGCUGCUGCAAGUCCUUCCGGAAUUCGCCAAAGCUAA